GUUGGUCUCGGCUGACAACAGUACUAUGGGCCGGAUCUUCCUGGACCACAUUGGCGGGACCCGCCUCUUCUCCUGCGCCAACUGUGACACCAUCCUGACCAACCGCUCAGAGCUCAUCUCCACGCGCUUCACUGGCGCCACGGGCCGGGCCUUCCUCUUCAACAAGGUGAGCCUGGUGACAGUUGACAACUUUACUGAUUUUCCUGUGUUUUAUAUAUAUUUUCACACUGAGGUUGGAAAUGUUGAAUAUUAUGAUGAUGCCCUUUUAGUGUAAGAGCUGUUUGAAAAGACCGCCUGAAAUGUAUGCCUGUUUUGGUGGGAUGGAAUUUUGGCCUGCCUGGUGACAUCACCUGAUGGUAAAUUAGUUAUUAGACUAUUAAGAGAGUUCCAAACCUCUCUGCCUAUAGCUAGUUUUACAUUUUCCCCUCCCCACUCCCAGACAUUCCUAGCAUAAUUCUUACUUGAGAAAUUGCUCUUUGCUAAGAAGCUAUUUUUGUUUCUUUUUGACCAUAAAAAAUAAUAAAAAAUAAAGUAAGGUACUUAAUUGUUACCCAGAAAUGAUUUAAUAGUGAGAUAAAAACAGAUGCAUGGACCUUUUUAAUUGGUUAUAGAUAGAGUCCUGGGAAAUACACCAUGUCCUUACAGAUAACACACAACACCAUUUCAUAAUUCUCUAGCCUCGUUCCAUACUGUAUGUGCUGUUGCAAACUCAUUGUUAGGGCAUACUUCUAUGGGACAAGCUGCUAGUCACUCGCACAUAGUGCACGCUUGUAUUUUUCUUUAUGUUGGUGUCCCUCUUGCGGGUUCAGAUACUUUGUUGAAUAAAUAUAUAUGUUUGUCACCCACAGGUGGUGAACCUGCAGUACAGCGAGGUGCAGGACCGUGUGAUGCUGACGGGCAGACACAUGGUGCGAGACGUCAGCUGCAAGAACUGCAACAGCAAGCUGGGCUGGAUCUACGAGUUUGCCACAGAAGACAGUCAGCGCUACAAGGAAGGCCGCGUCAUCCUCGAAAGGGCGCUAGUAAGGGAGAGCGAGGGCUUUGAGGAGCAUGUGCCCUCUGAUAACUCCUGAGUCCUCGUCCCCCCCUUUCUGCCUUGUGAACCCAACGUCUUUCCCAAUCCCCAGUGUCCCUACACUGCUCUCCCUAUAGGCAACUACCUGUGUAUCAGCUUCCCACCAGCAAGAAUUGUGUAGAGCUAGACAAGCCUGUCAUUUAGUCCGCCCCUAACACAUAUUGUACACACAAAACAUUUGAGAAUGCACUUGCUCACAGGCUAUACUGCUUGCGUAUAAUGUACAUGCAUUAGAUUCUACACGAUACAUGUGUAGACAUUGGAAUACAGCUGCCCGAAGAGUAGGGGUUGUAUCUUCUUAUUGACCCUGAGUGGAGAGCAAGGGUGCAUGGACAGAUGCUAAUGCCUUUAUGUCAGUGUUACAGCUGUGUAUGAUAAAACAACCACUCAGUUGCGUGAGAGUGUGCUGGGGGUGUUCCACCAUAAAAUAAAAAAGCGUUGGGUCAAAAAAUUUGACCAGAAGAUGAGUGAUGGCUUUCCGCAUUGUGAUGCUUGUGAUCAAGUAAGCUUGUGUUAGGAUUCAAUAUUUACGUUUUAUUUAGUGAGAAUGGGUGUGAAAAUUUAUGAGGAAAUAAUAUUUCAGAAUUUUGUCAUUAAAACCAGUUUCCAUUUGCUUUUACUAACAUGAUUUUUUGAUUUGAUAGUGAUUUUUUAAAUGUUUUUUUUUUAGCGUUAUAGAACUGACGUCAACCCUCACUUUGAUCCCGAUGAUAAAUGCAUGUUUGUGUACUAAAGCCUCUCUCCACGUCUACCGCUGGAACGACAGCACACCUAGACUAUAGAACCUAUGAUCAACCUCAAAUGCUGACAAUUGUGUAGCAAUUAUCAAAAGACAACUUGACCAUCAUGUAAAUGUGACCAAAAUACAAUUUAAUGGCAUUGUUGAUAAUAUUGCCAUUUUAGGAUUGGUCAGUGCUGCGUUUUCUUUUUGGGUUGUGUAGUCUUGCGAUGCCAUCCUUCCAAUCCUCGUUCAUCACUCCGCUAUUGGAACGAAGGAACAAAAUCGUGAGAAAGCCUGGAAAUCAAACCUAGGGGUUGAGUUAAAGCUACUGUUUUUUUGUCGUCAAGGCCUCCGGGUUUAUGAAUUAUUAUAAUAAAGAAAUUGAUCAUAUGAAUCAACUUUACCUCUUGUAUUGCAUCACUUCUCUGAUCAAUAUAGGACACUCAUGAGGGAAGAGUAUUUAUUGGGCAGGACUACACACUCCUCGAAACAAGGGCUAGAUUAAGUAGACACCUCAACACAAAGCAUAAGGGUACAGGCACACAGAUGAAUUAACAUACAGUAGAGGAAAUUCAUUGUCCUGUUGUCUGUCAAAAGUAGAACUCAUGUAUACUGUUUUACAGCAGAGCUCAAUACAUUAAAAAAGAAUUUGCUGGGUUUUAGGCAGACAAUCAUAUCUAUUGUCAUUCAUUCGGCAACUGUUGACUCCCAUUGAAAAACCAUUGUCUGAAAAUUCCAGAUGGAGCCAAUCUAAAUGUGGCCACAGCCUUAGAAUGCUAACAAAGUUGUACUCUGAAGGCUGACAGAAAACACAAAGGGUCAUGUUCAUUGUCUAUUUUAGAGAGCUUUUUAUUUUUCGUUACAGACAUUUGCAAAAUUUUCCAUAGAAUCAGGUUCACACUUUCCAUUAUCAAUUGUUUUGAUUAACUGCUUACAAGUUUCUGUAGAAAAUAAUGCAAAAUGUUAACCCUUAUUUUAAUCAUAUAAUUCAAUGUUUUAAAGAUCACACACAGGCCACCCAUUCCUCUAAUCCAGUUUAUUCAUCCUCAGCAAAAAGGGAAAAUAAUCAAAUAAGAACAUAAAAACAGAAUUGUUCUUGUUUUAUACAUUUAACUAAAUAUGCAGCUCUAUGCUAGUGUGUAAGUACAUCAAAACAAUAUGGUUAAAUAAAAUGUAUUUUAAGAUACAGAAAGAUUAAUUUCGUACAUUUUUCCAUUAGCACUCGAGAGAUGACGGGUCGCAGAAAUAUCAAAAUAAAACCACCCACGACGCCACUCU